CCGACUCAGAAAGAAAUAUCAAAAUUAGUAUAUCUAGAUGCAGUUAUCAAGGAAACAUUAAGACUUUAUCCUGCUACCUUUAUUUAUCAUCGUGAAGCUGUUGAAGAUUGCUCAAUAAAUGGAUUUUUCUUUCCGAAAGAAGUAACGAUUGCAAUUCCAGUGUAUGCAAUACAUCGUGAUCCGGAAAUAUGGCCCAAUCCUAGUAGUUUUAGACCGGAAAGAUUUUUAUCUGAUGAUGCAAAUAGUGCAAGACACCCAUGUAGCUACUUGCCGUUUGGUGUCGGAGCUAGAGCAUGUAUGGCUACUCAUUUUGUUACAAUGAUCUUUAAGAUGAUGCUUGUAAUAACACUGCGUAGUAUCAAAUUUAAAACUGUUGCUGAAACUGAAGUGCCAUUGUCUACCACAUCUUUAGCUAGUUUGCAACCGAUGUAUGAUGUGUAUCUUGGAAUUGAAAGAAGAGUAUAUGUGGAUUCGAUUUGA